AUGUCGUUCUUCGAGCCCGCACCGCGGAUCCCCAAAGACGCCAUCUUCGCCCUCACCGCAAAGUACAACGACGACCCGGCCCCCGUGAAGGUCAAUCUCGGACAAGGAAGCUAUCGUGACGAGAACGGCCUGCCUUGGGUCCUCCCUGCGGUCCGUCGAGCGCGGAGGAGACUGACCGGUCCGAGUCUGGACCACGAGUAUCUGCCUAUUCUGGGCCUGCCAGAGUUUAGGAGCGCGGUUGCGGAACUCGUCUUUGGGUCAGGAGCUUAUAGGGAACUGCGACAUCGAAUAGCCAGCUCUCAGAGCCUCUCCGGCACCGGGAGCUUACAUCUCGCGGGCGCCCUGAUCGGGAACUACAGCUCGUUGGCUCGGCAAGUACUCGUGCCAGAGCCGACAUGGUCGAAUCACCAUCUCGUCUUCUCAUCGCUGGGCUACCAAGUCCGCACGUUCCGCUACUACAACCGCGACACCAAGACGCUGGAUAUCAAAUCGUACCUGGAGGCCCUGCGCUCCGCCGAGCCAGACUCGGUCGUCCUCGUCCACGCGUGCGCCCACAACCCGACCGGAUGCGACCCGACACGAGAGCAGUGGCGGGAAAUUGGCGGUGUGGUCAAAGAGAGACGGCUCUUCCCGCUCUUCGACGCCGCGUACCUGGGUUUCCGGUCGGGGGAUUUUGACGAGGACGCAUUUGCCAUUCGCCAUUUCGUUAACGAGCUGGGCUUGGAGGCCGCGGUGGCCGUCUCGUUUGCGAAGAACAUGGGUCUUUACGGCGAGCGCGUGGGUGCGACCCUCGUCGUGACCAAAUCCCCAGAAGUCGCCCAGAACUGCGACUCCGUGCUAGAGCGGCUACAGCGCUCGGAAAUUUCGAAUCCCCCAGCCUACGGCGCGAAGAUCGCCACAGAAGUCCUGCGCGACCCGCUCCUGCGCAAGAUGUGGUUCGACGACCUCAGGACCAUGAGCGAUCGCAUCGCGGCCAUGCGGUCCGCGCUGUACAACUUACUCGUUGAGAACGGCGCUCCAGGGACCUGGGACCAUAUCGUCCAGCAGUCGGGAAUGUUUGGAUUUCUGGGAUUGCCGUACAGCGUCGUCGUGCAAUUAAGAGACCGCCACCACAUCUACAUGGCCGACAACUCGCGCAUCUCCAUCGCGGGCCUCAACGAGACCAACGUCGAAUACGUCGCGCGCGCGAUCACAGAGUGUUUGCUUUUAGAAGAAGAUUCUCAUUCUAGUAAAAGCGAGGAGACGUCGCCGCUGGCUCCGCAUCUAUAG